AUACAUUGUUUUGAUCAGAGACAUUUUUUCUUUUGACGUAGCAAUAGUGCUCUGAUACAUUCAGGUUUUACAUUUAAAAGAGGCUUGUUGUAUUGGUGAUAAUACAUAAAUCAAUCAUUUACCUGAUUACCUGUGUAAUCACAUGACCAAAUAAGCGACAAAUUAAACCAGAGAGUGUUUACCUGUGGCAGUGGCACGAAAAAGGAAAUAAGUUGAAAUCAAAAUUUUACUGAAUUCAAUUAGCCCGAAAUGUUAAUCAGAAUGACAAAUGUGUUAUCUGCAGUGGUUCUUUCUUCAAUAUUUUGCUCAGUUUAUGCUGCAAGACCAGAAAUAGUGGAUGAUAUUUUACCAGAGGUUAAAAAACAAGGUCAAACAGCAUAUCUGAAUUGUUCUGUUAUAAAUUUACAGUCUCCAGCACAGUUGCAAUGGCUAAAACAGACCACACCAACUGGUGAACCAAAACACAUUUCCUCAAAUGAAACUGUUCUUAUUGAUGAAGUUGUUGAAGGACAAAGGAAAUAUGAUGUGGUGAAAUACGGAUCAAACGAUAGCGACAUAUACCAACUGAUUGUUGGAUCAUUAACGGAGACUGAUGCAGGGAAUUAUACAUGUCAGAUCUAUCUUCCAAAUCAGAAUUCCACGGAAUGGCCUCGGGAGUCUGGGAGUUUAACUGUGCAAAUUCCUCCUACUAUAAAAGCUGGACAUCCUGCCGAUAUAACCGUACAGGAAGGACAAAAUGUCACACUGGUUUGUGAAGCUAAUGGAAAUCCUGCCCCAAAUAUAACAUGGAGAAGAGGAGAUGGAUUCCCACUGCCUAAUGGUGGAUUCCAACAAAGGGGUGGUACCUACGACAUAAACCAAAUCCAGGCUACAGAUCGUGGACAGUUUAUUUGCAUCGCUGAUAACAAUGUUAAACCACCAGCAUCCUUCACAGUACAGCUUGAAGUCAGAUUCGCUCCUUACUGUACACCUGUCCAGGAUACCGUGGGUCAAGCACAGAAUUUGAGGUUUCAUGCAAAAUUGGAGUGCUUGGUAGCAGCUAAUCCUAGAGCAGAAGUUGUAUGGUACAAAGAAAACAAAGCAACACAAGAAAAAGAACAAAUUCAGGACAAUGACAAAUACAAAUUAGAACAACAAGAUGAUCAGAGAUUGAAAGCUGAUGAAAAAUGGUACACACUUGAAAUAAAAAAUGUACAAGGAAAUGAUUAUGGAGAUUAUUAUUGUACAGGCAAAAACAAAUAUGGAGAAGGUCAAGCUCAAUUUCAACUUUUUGAAACUAUGGAAUGUCAAGGACCGAACUGUCCAUCUGUCGCAGCCGGGAAGGCGCCAUCUACCUAUAAAGUUUCCAUGGUUGUAUUUAUGAUUGGACUCAUCACUAGCUUCAGUAUCAAUAAGUGCUUACAAAGAUGAAAUUUCUGUCAAUAAACAUUUCAUGUAAAACUGAAGCAAAAAACAAGCAUAAUACUUGCAUUAAUACAAAAUGUAGACAAGGCAAUAAACCUAUCUUGUUAAUAAUAACAUUGAAAUUUAUUUACAACACA